AUGGCCGACUCGUUCUUCGACUCACCACCGGAGCCCGCUUUCUACAUCUCAAACAUCACUGAGUGGAGAAAGGAAAUCCCAACGCCCAUUGUUUCCGCAGAGGACUUUUCUUUUUCUUCAGAGUUCCAGGACAUGCACACAUCAGACUUCUUCGAACUGAAGGACACUGCUUCUGAGUGCAGCAUGGACAGCGCAUACCAGAGCCAGAGCAGCGCCAGCCGGCGCGGAGCCAGGAAGCCAGAAGUAAACCGCCAGGAAAGCCGAAGCCGGAUGAGCUCACAAUUUGUCGGCAGCGACAUCUACUCGCCAACCAUGAGCUCCGACAAUUACAGCGUUUUCCCUGAAACCCUGGACAUGAGCCACAUGCACCAAUCUGCCACAUCAGGACCAUGGGAAUCCAGGGACGGAUCCCUCUCAUAUGCUAACUUCUCAACUGCUCAGGACUACAACCAGUACUCAACAGCAAACAUGACACGCUUCACCCCUUCUACCAUCAACGACUCGCCACGAUGGGGCACCGAACAGAGCUUCCAAGACAGCUCUUUCAACUUCACAUCAUGGCCAGCCAACAACACGAGCGAUGCCAUGUUCUCUUCUCAGCGCACGUGGCCUAACCCUACCUUUGGCCCCAUUGAGCGCCCUGCUACUGUCCGCAACUCAUCAUACACUCAAGAUGAGUCACGGCGAGCAUCUGCACAAGACACCAGCUUUGGUGCCUUUGUCGGUACCCCGACCAGCACCACCAGCGCCCACUUCCCUCAAGGGUUGGACUUUGAACAAUCACGCCUCCACAGCUCUCGCAAUGACAACGACGAUGCUAAGACUGCGUCUGCCCCUCAGUCCCUUGACGGCAACGAAGACACAAUGUCCCAGUCUGAGAAUGCCGAGACCAAGCUCGAGGAAGAGCGCACCAAGGUCGCCCGCAGCCACCCACUUUACCAGCAAAGCCCAGACAAGGAUGGCAAGUACCACUGCCCCGAGGAGGGUAAGGCAGGUUGCAGCCACAAGCCCACAGCUCUCAAGUGCAACUACGACAAAUACGUCGACUCUCACUUGAAGCCUUUCCGCUGCAACAAGAAGACUUGCGUCGGUGUGCAGUUCUCCUCUACUGCAUGCCUUCUCCGUCACGAGCGUGAAGCGCAUGGCAUGCACGGCCACGGUGCCAGGCCCCACCUGUGCCACUUUAGGGAUUGUGAGCGAGCUAUGCCCGGCCACGGCUUCCCUCGUCGCUACAACCUCUUCGACCACAUGAAGCGUGUGCACCAGUACGACGGCCCCACCACAGAGCCGUCUCCUGUACAGGGCCAGGCUGCUCGCAAGUCUGCUUCUCGCAAGCGCAAGGCUUCUGCUGAGGAGCCUACUGAGAAGCGUGUCAAGGUAGUCAAGCUCACCGCUGAGCAACAACGUCAGCAGCGUCGCGAUGCUCUUUCCAAGGACUUCCUUACCAAGAAGCAACACAUCAUCGACAUCUUGACCAACCUCACUACCCCUAGUGAUCUUGGUGACGACAUCCAACUGACCAAGGAGGUCGUCGGACUUCACGACAUUUGCACCCAGUACAGGGAUGUCUUCGGGGGCUGA